AUGGCAGACGCAGCGAAGCCGAAAAAGCGCUUGCCAUUCAAGCCGACUGCUUUGCGCCAGAAAGCUGCACCGAAACCAGUGGUCAAUAAUAGCGACGAUGAGGACAACGAUGACGGGAUUAGCCUCUUCAACCGUGGCGCCAGCGUCUUCGAGCAAGAGCGACUGGAGCAGGAACGACAGCGCAAGCGCAAACAGGCUGAGCGGGAAAAGAGCUCGCAAGCCCCUUCUCCCGCGAAAAGGGGCUCCUCACCAAGACGAGCAAGCGAAGAUCCGUUCCACGAAACCUACCACCAGCAUGAGGAUCUCAGAGGCCCAGACACACCGCCGUCAAAACGUUCCCGUACAAGCGACGAGUCCCCAGAGUCGAGGAUAAAGCCGUCGCCUUCCAAACGAGCCGGUAACGAGACCCCAUCCAAGCGAAUGACACGCGCCGCUGCUUCCCGAACGCCGCGCAAACAGGAACCUUUGCCAUCGAAGCCUAUCAUUUCGAUCGACGAUAGCGACGACGACGAGGAUGACAUUUACGAUGCGUCUCCCAUCCGCAAAACCGUUCCUGAGGACCGGGAUCCCUCUCCUUUGGUAAUAGACGACGACGACGAUGAUCCAUUCGAAGAAAAGAAUCCCGCUGCCACGGAAGACGACGACGAUGAGAUGGCGGAGUACAUUCGAGCGGCAAAAGAGCGGAAAGAAGCUCAAGAGAGGCUGGCGAGGGAACAGAGCGAGGACGCGAAACAGGUAGUGGUCAUCUUCGUCACCUCUGACAUACCCGGCGUCGUCAGCAAGCAGUUCAAGUUCACCCUGUCCAAACCGAUCAAGGUUCUCCGCAACGCAUGGAUAGACGUGCACAGCGGACGACUGGACCUUCCUCAGUCAGAGAUAAGUGAGGUUUUUCUCACCUGGCGCGGGCACAGGCUCUACGACUUGACAACCCUCUAUAGUCUCGAUCUACAGGGCGAGUAUCGCAAGACAGCUGGUGGGCAAGACGGUUUCAAGGAAGACUGGACAAAGGUGCACAUGGAGAUGUGGACACCGGCGCUGUGGGAGGAACAUGAGAGGCAAGUGGCGAGGCAACGCAGGCAUGACCGCGGGGAGUACUCCGACGACGAAGACGGAGACGGGGGCGACGAGGUCGUAGAGGCCGAGCCCGAGGAGCAGAAGAUCAAGGUUCUACUCAAGACCAAGACGGACGAGCCCCUCAAGACAUCGGUGCGACCAUCCACAAAGAUCGGAACGAUUAUGGAACUGUUUCGCAAGAUGCGUGGUUUGGCGCCUGAUGCUCCCAUCACGCUCAUGUUCGACGGUGAUGAGCUUGAAGAGGAUGUUACCGUCGCGGAUGCUGACAUUGGCGACAUGGAGACGAUCGAGGUCUACAUAAGAUGA